AUGGAGAAGACCACUGACUACUUCCUCAGGUAUAAGAACUACAAUUUUGACAUUCACACCACUCCAGAGUACAUUGACUCUCUCCAAAGCUUUGAGGUCCGUGACAGUGACAUAUUCCUGGUCACGUAUCUGAAGUCAGGCACCAUAUGGACUCAAAACAUCAUCAUCUCCAUUUUGGAGCAAGACGGCGGUCUUCCUGCUCAUCCCACCAACAUGAGGCAGAUGCCGUGGCUGGAGUACAAGCCCAAGCACGACAUCUCGCAACGACCUUCUCCCCGGCUCCUCAUGUCUCACCUCACGCCCCGUCUCAUGCCUCCAGGCCUGAAGAAUAAGAAGGCAAAGAUUGUCUAUGUGAUGCGCAACCCAAAGGACAACAUUAUGUCCUAUUACCACUUCUGCUGUGCCUUAGCCCACUGGGAGACCCCCAAGAGCUUCGAGGACUUCCUGGAGCAGUAUCUGGCAGGAAACGUUGUUGGAUCUUCCUGGUUUGAUCACAUCAGGGAGUGGCAUGAUGAGAGAGACCAGUACGACAUCCUGUUCCUGACAUACGAGGACAUGGUUCUGGAUCCGAAGACAGCAGUAACUAAGAUCUGCAGCUUCCUGGGGAGAAAGCUCAGCGAGGCAGGGAUUGAUCACAUUGUUGAGAAAACGGCUUUCCAGAACAUGAAGAAUGAUCCAAAGGCCAAUUAUCAGUUCCUGCCAAAGGACUUCCUCAAGGGACCGUUCAUGCGCAAAGGUAAGAUCGGUGACUGGAAGAACACCUUUACUGUGGCCCAGAGCGAGAGGUGUGAUCAGAUCUUUGAGGAGCGACUGGGUGACCUGGCACUGAAGUUCAUCUGGGACGCAGAGCUAGCGCCGCAGCCUUAGACGAUGUGUAUCGCAAUUUUCUCAAUCCAAGAAGUGUGCAUCUUAAACAUUUAUGACAUUUAUGACUAUUAGAUUAGAUUAGAGAUUAGAUUAGAUUAGAUUAGAUUAGAUAGA